ACCAAACCUCUCUGCCACUCAGCUGAACUCAGAACUUGACAUGCAUUACAAUUGCAGCCCUGGAAACCUCUCCUCCUGCUCUCUCGGAGGUUACCUGGGGUACCCAGGUUCUCCCUAUGAUUCUUUCUACCCCAGCAAUGAAUUCUACUCUCCCAGCACCUGCCAGCUGGGUUCCUCUGUCUUUGAUGGCUAUCAGGAGACCUGCUGUGAACGCACCAGCUGCGGGACAUCCUGUGCUGGGGCCAGACCCUACCAGACAUCCUGCUUCCGCCCAAAGAAUUCCUUCUUCUUCAGUCCCUGCCAAACAAAUUACAUGGGGUCUCUGGGAUGUGGAAAUAUUGGCCUUGGGUCUUUCGGUUGUGGAAGCACUGGUUUCCAAUCUCUGGGCUGUGGGUCCAGCUUCAGUCGUCCAACUUACUUUUCUUCUAGGAGUUGCCAGUCAACUUGUUACCAACCAGCUUUUAGCUCUUGCUUUUUUGGAUCAACUUGCUGAAUAUUCCCCAUUAUCUCACCAUUAUGUCUGUGCCUUAUGAAACCUUAACAUGUAGCCUGUCCAAUAUCUGCGAUUACUGAUGAUCUGCAUCACCAAGACUCGCCAUCACCAUCUCUCCCAGAAGUAUGUGAUUCAUUGUGGACAAAGUAACCUUGGCCUGUGACCUUUUCUAAAUCAGACAUAUGAGAUAAGCCUUGAAUGUUCAUUUUUAUGUCAAUGCUCAGAGUCCCUUUCAUUACUCUCUAAGAUUUUUCUCUUAUUUUUCUCCUAGGAUUCUUUCACUUAAGUGUAUUUCAAAUAGAAUUGACAUUCAAAAUAAACUUUUCUCUACCAUGAA